GUGUGUGUGCGCGCGUGUGUGUUUUGCCGUCCGUUCAGGCUGCAGACACACAGGGAGGGACUUCUCAGGAAACAGAAACUUUGAGUGACGGAUCUGGUUUCCCAGCCCCCACACCUCCACCCCCCUCCAUCACCUCACUCUGUGCGUUUUCUACCUCUGACACGACAACAACGCUUCCCCGGCUGCUGCCAGCUUCAACCCUAUGGGGGGAAGAUGGGGCUGUGGACGCUGCUUCUCCUGUUCCUACACCUGGCAACAGACUGCGUUUCCCUCUCAGCGCCGGCCAACGUUUCCAUCACCUCCUACAACAUGGUGCACAUCCUGAGGUUCUGGCCGGACCCGCAGACACCCCCAGACGCCCGCUUCACGGUCCAGAUCCACAGCACCAGGAAGCAGCGAUGGAAAACGGUGGCUGAGUGCGCCGAGCUGACGGCCGGACAGACAUGCAAUCUAACCAGCAAACUAAAGGACACGUUUGGCUACCACAUGGCCCGAGUCCAAGCCUUCAGGACCAACCAGACCUCCAGCUGGACCACAUCAAAUCUGUUCCACCCUCUGGCAGACACCGUUCUGGGGCCUCCGGAGUUUUCCCUAUCCGGCUGUGGGAACUGUUUGGUCCUGCAGAUCCGAGACGCCCCUGGGACUCUGUCCUAUCACAACGCGGAGCUGAAGGACCUGCAGAAGGAGAUGGAACUGAACGUGAGGAGAACCAGGGACGGUGCCGAGUUCACACUGAAGCAAACCUACCAGCAGGAGACCGUGAUCCAGUACCUGCAGCCAGGUGUGGAGUACUGCGUCUCCGUCUCCUUCAAGUCCCUCAUAAACCGGAACAGCGUCCCCAGCGAACGCCGCUGCGCCUUCACCAGUCCUCCUCCACCCCAGCACACAUUGUUCCUGGUCCUUGGCCUGUUGGGGGGAUUUACUCUUGUGGUGGUCAUCGUUGUGGGCCGGUUCAUCUUCAGCAGAAAGGUGAGCUUGGAAUUACUGAGACGACACCUUAACAGGUUAAAAAUCAGCAUCUGUCCUGCAUGAAGUUCAAAUCGCAGCCCUACACCUGCCUGACGUCGUCUCUGACAGAGGAGGACAGUUUCUAAAGCAUCCUGAAGAAACUGGAGUUCAGUUUCUUUGAGUUCCUCUACUGGAGGGAACUUUUCUUUUAUCCCUCUCCAGGCAGGUGUUGCAGAUUUGCAACAACUUAAACAGUCUUUUGAAGUAAUUUGAGCCUGAGAGGGUUUACUUUUAUAAGCGAGUUGUACUCAGGACAUCUUACCUCCUCAACUGCCAGAGGACAUUUUUAUACAGUUGCUGUAAAAUAAUCACUGUUAAUCAGCACAAAGGGUUUAAUUUAUCUUUUCUCACUGAGGUUUAUUUUAAUUUGCUUUAGUUAAAAUAUGUUUGUUUUUUUUCUUGAAGAAAUUUCUGCCAGUGUGUUUUAACCCUUCAGGAAAAGAAUGUAUGUUUAGUGUGUAAAAAUAUAUUUCUUAUUAUUUUGUUGGAAAAUAAAAAAUGAUUUAUGGUUUUGGAAAAGAUACCUGCACUUUUUUAAACCUGUGUUUUGGAUUUCUGAGACAAAUGACACGUCUGUAAAAGAAUCUGCACAAACACAAACUGCUUUUGGAGUUUAUCAACAAGAAACGGCUACUGAGGUAAGAAAUCAAACAAUUGGAUCAAUAAUCCAAUGAUAUUUAAACUCUGGUGAAAAAUCUGAGCAGAUUCCUAUGAAACUGGGAUUUGAGAAUAGCCAAACUUUUUGUCACAGAAAAAUAUCUUAUUUGUUCUUUAUGGAAAUUCUUCUCGAUGUCUGUGCAGGAGCAAAUU